CCGCUUACGCCGUUGUUUUGUUGUUGGCGGUUUGUAGAGAUUCUCCAUCGUCCGAUCUUCCAUCAUUCCAUUUCGCGACAUUUUACCUUUCGAAUUUACGUUGCUGAUUAAACUGAUCAACAGAUUAUAAUCACGAUGCCGAAAUCAAAGGCCUCUGCAUCUCCCGACCACAACUCCUCUGGAGCAGAGGAAGAAGAGGAGUACUCGGUAGAAAAGGUAUUGGACAAGAGGAUUGUUAAGGGGAAGGUUGAGUAUUUCCUGAAAUGGAAAGGUUACCCAGACAGUGAAAACACAUGGGAACCACAUGAGAACCUGGAUUGCCCAGACCUUAUUAAAGAAUUCGAGGACAACUUAAAGAAGAAGAAGGAAGAGAAGCCUUCGGUUUCCGGUCCAGCAAAGAAGAAAGCUAGACCAUCCACGUCCUCCACUCCAUCAAACAAGGAAAACAAAAGGGAAAGGAAAGAUGAUAAGGGUGAAGACGCGCCCAAACCCUCAAAACAAAAAAAGGUGGACACUGAGUCUGAAGCGCCAAAGGGAUUUGAUAAGAAGCUAGACCCAGAGAAGAUCAUAGGAGCAACUGAUUCGAGUGGAGAGCUCAUGUUUUUGAUGAAAUGGAAAGGGACAGAUGAGGCUGAUCUUGUGCCCGCCAAACAGGCUAACCUAAAGUGUCCGCAGAUUGUGAUACAGUUCUACGAGGAACGGCUCACUUGGCACACAUCUCCCUCAGACGAAAACAAGGACUCAUAAGUGUUCUUUUAUGUACCAUACGUUUUUAAAUCCUUAACUACUACUAGAGCUAUCGUUAAUUUUCCUAGUAUACACAAUUUGAAAGCAGUACCAGUGUAUAUUACUGCAAGAAACUAUUUGUUUACAGUAUUUUGUAUUGUGUGUGUGACUCAAGUUCUUCAUAAACAGCUCUGAGAAAUUGUUCAGUAAACGGAUUUCAAAUUUUGUAUUUAUUCAUAUAUGUUAUACUAUAAGAAUGUUUUUAUGUGAAACAAGUUCUUCAAAAACAGCACAGAGAAAUUGUUUAAUAAACGGAUUUCAAAUUUUGUAUUUAAUCAUAUAUGAGAUACUAUAAGAAUGUUUUUUUUUAUGUAGGUUAAUGUAAUUUUAGAAUCUUUUGUGUUUUGUUGCGGUCUGGAACCUGAUAAUUCUAAAAUAAACAGCAUUAUUUUAAAGGUGGGUAUUUUAUUUAACUGUUGUUAAUCCUUCCUAUGGGUGGUGUUAAAAUAUAGACAUAAACCAAAACUAAAUUUCCAAUACAGAGGUAAUAUUUUAACAUGUUUUAGUCCAUCUUUAUUAGUCUGAUCUAUCGAGUAAACAAACUAGUUGGUAACAACUAUUGAAUUUCCGAUACUGAAAUAAUCAGAGACUUGUAACCAUUGACUAACAUGCCUUUUAAAAAUACACUCAAUAAAUCAUUUAA